AUGAGCAUCUCCAUCCCGGCGGGGCUGACGGAGCUGCUGCAGGGCUUCACCGUGGAGGUGCUGCGGAGCCAGCCCGGCGACCUGCUGGAGUUCGCGCUCCAGUACUUCGGGCGCCUCAAGGCGGAGGCGGCGGAGAGCGGCGCCGGGGGCGGCUCCCCCCCCAUGGCGCCGGGCCAUGAGAGGGGCAGCCUGGCGCCCCGCAGGGCCCCCACCAGGGGGGUCAGCUUCGCCGAGGAGCCCAUGCAGACCGACUCGGAGAGCGGGGACGAGGAGGAGGAAUUCGCCGGUAAGGGCGGGGCCUUUAAAUCUCCAGUGAUAAACCGGUUCACUAGACGGGCAUCAGUAUGUGCAGAAGCUUACAAUCCUGAUGAAGAAGAGGACGACACCGAGUCAAGGAUUAUUUACCCCAAAACAGAUGAUCAACGAAACAGAUUGCAAGAGGCUUGCAAGGACAUUCUUCUUUUUAAGAACCUAGAUCCGGAACAGAUGUCUCAGGUAUUAGAUGCUAUGUUUGAAAAGCUGGUUGAAGGAGGGGAGCAUGUCAUUGAUCAAGGUGAUGAUGGUGAUAACUUCUAUGUAAUUGAUAGAGGAACAUACGACAUUUAUGUAAAAUGUGACGGUGUUGGGAGGUGUGUUGGUACCUAUGAUAACCGUGGAAGUUUUGGUGAGUUGGCCUUAAUGUACAAUACACCCAGAGCAGCUACCAUAAUUGCUACAUCUCCUGGUGCUGUAUGGGGUUUGGACAGGGUAACAUUCCGGAGAAUCAUUGUAAAAAACAAUGCCAAAAAGAGAAGAAUGUAUGAAAAUUUUAUUCAGUCAUUGCCAUUCCUUAAAUCUUUAGAACUAUCUGAACGCUUGAAAGUGGUGGAUGUAAUAGGCACCAAAAUAUACAAAGAUGGAGAACAAAUCAUUACUCAGGGAGACAUGGCUGAUUGUUUUUUCAUUGUAGAAUCUGGAGAAGUGAGAAUUACUAUGAAAAGGAAGAAUAAACAGGAUGUAGAAGAGAAUGGGGCAGUUGAAAUAGCCCGGUACUCCAGAGGACAGUAUUUUGGAGAACUUGCUCUUGUAACUAACAAACCUCGAGCAGCUUCAGCAUUUGCUCUUGGCACUGUCAAGUGUUUAGUUAUGGAUGUACAGGCAUUUGAAAGGCUUUUGGGACCUUGUAUGGAAAUUAUGAAAAGAAACAUUGCAAACUAUGAGGAGCAGCUAGUUGCUCUGUUUGGAACAAACAUGGACAUUGCUGAUCCCAGUGCAUGAAAUAAAGUAUGGAACAACAAGAUCUGUUGUGAGAAAAUAGCACAGUAGUGGUUAGUCCACUGAGAACAUGUCUAUCUUCCUGUAGAUGCCAAGCAUUUUCUGUGAUUUUAGGGUUUGGGUUUUUUUUUGUUUGUUGGGGUUUUUUUGUUUUUGCCUUUUUACAUAUUACAAUGGAUGUAUCAGUAAACUAAAUAGGGAUUUAAUAGACUUUGGUCCUGAUUUUCAGAAGAGCUUAGCACCAGCAGUUCCAGUUAAAGUCAAGGGUAGCUGUAGAUGCACAGCACCUUUUGAAAAUCAGUUCUUUGUAUACAGCAUUUCAUAGAGAAUAGGUUUUAAGGAAACACUAUGCUGAUGAAUUUGUUCAACCAGCUUCUGUUCUAUAAAAUGGUUAAGAUUUUCUGGAAAGACUGUUAGCUUGAAUGUGAUAUGUUUAAAGUAUUAAUGCACACAGUGUUCAUUAGUAUUGAUAAUACAGAAGGUAUGCUGUAGGUAUCCAUUUCUGCCUAUUACAAUUGUCAUCAUUUUAUGUUGCAAUUACUAUAGCUGUAUAAAAAAGAAAUAACUCAAAAUUCCUCAUAACAAUAAGGCACAACAAUACAUUUUAUGUAAAGUUCAUUACCCAAGUCUUAUUUUAACAUUUGUGAUUUGGUAUUAAAGUCCUCUUUGCUUAAUAUGUCACAUUUCAGCAAGCCCACUUGGAAAAUAUUGUAAUAUCUUAUGCAAUUUAGGGGAUUUUUAUAUUUUUGCAAUAAACUGCAUUUUUAUUUGUUACAUAUACGAGGUAUAUUCCUCUGUUGAGAAAGCUGGCACAUUAAUCUUGAUGCAAGCAUGUUUUUUAAAAACAGGCAAAAGUAUUUUAUGUAGACAAUUGUCACAUUCUAUCUAAUCAUGCAUAACCUACAUCAUUUUCCUUCUAAUUUCUUUCUUGUUUCAAAAUGUAUGCAUUUUGUCUUUUCCAUAUUUAUUUGAUGUCUACUCUAGGGUUAAUUUUUUGUCCUUAGAAAUCACUUAUUUUUCUCUGUUAAAUCUUUCCCAUUUCAAGUCAAAUGUUCUCUGUAUCUCUUUCUUCUUAGUAGAGUCUGACUUUAUAUAUUACAGACCAGAUUCAACUACUAAAGUGUUGAAAGCCAUACUAAAAUUUUUGGUCCCAGAAAUCCUUACCAGCAAGUCUGAGAAAGAAUGUGAAUCUAAAAGAUCAAUAAUUUGAAAGGCUGUUUUAUACAUGUUUGGAGACCAUGUUAUUAAAGCUAACAAGUUCUGCUUUGGUCUUCAGAGACCAAAGGCCCCUAAGACAUCAUAAAAGACUGUCAUUGCAGCAGUUGAAGGAUGGGGUAAAGUUUUGCUCUGUGACGAAGGAGAAAGUAUUAUCUUACUUAAAAUAAGAAAAAAGGAUUCAUUUCUCACUAGUAAAAGUCUGUAACUGGAAGUAUCAGACACCAUCCAAUUCUCACAUUAUAUACUGACAUGUUUAGUGCUCCAUGUGGAAAGGUAGUUCACAUAAUGACAAGUUGCAGUAGUUCUAUCAAGACAGAACCAGAAGAGUUUCAACAAAGUUGCUUGAUCCCUGUUUUAAACAAAUGAAAAGUUACACUUUACUUUUCUUCUUAGACAAUGACUUUUCUAAUGCAAUGUAUUUGUGUUUGUCAGUUGGUAUAAUUAUAUAUCCUGUAGUUAUAGUGAUCUGUUCUGACAAUUUAUACAAUCAUACUUGAAUAUGAAACUAUGAUUAUACAAUUCUAUUACUAACAUGUUGUAAUUUAUAUCGUAUAAUAUGAUAUAAAUUAUAAAUGAACAUUGUUAACAAAAACAGUCUCAGCAGAAUUUACAAGUGUCAACAAUUUUUUUACACAGCCUCCUGAUAUGAAUAGUUGCACAUAUGAUUGCCUUUGUACUUUUGAUUUAUUGAAAAAAGUGAAGUCUGUUAUACUAAAAGGAAACAUCAGGUAACCAAAAUCUGUAUGUCAUUCUAUAUGCUUAAUCUAUAAAAGUUACUUAUUUUUUGCACUAGCUUAAUAUUAUUCAGAAAAAUGCUAAUGAUUACUUUUCUGAUGAUGAAGUCCA